AUGUCCUCUACUCACUCAACAGUAUAUAGGACCCUGGUAAGCCAAAUAGACGAAAUUCUUUACAGCAGCACCACCACCACCAUCAACAACAACAACAACAUUCUUGAUUCAUUUGAUCGAUUUCUCAAGCAGUGUACAACAGUUGAAGAGUCCAAACAGAUUCAUGCACAAAUCAUUCUCAGUGGAGCGUAUCGUUUCGCAUUUCUGGCUGCAAGACUUAUAUCGAUUUACAGCCGCUUUGGGCUUGUUGCUGAUGCUAGAACAGUCUUUUGUAGUGUUCCUGUUGAGUGCAGUUUUAAUAUAUUACUUUGGAAUUCCAUCUUGAGAACAAACCUCUCUCAUGGGCACUCUGAGGAGUCCCUUAGACUUUACCUUCAAAUGUGUAACCUGGGAAUUUUCCCAGAUGGUUUCACUUUCCCUUUAGUUGUAAGAGCUUGUGCUUCCUUGGGGAACUCAAAAUUGUGCAAGAUCAUGCAUGCUCAUGUUGUUUUGUCGGGUUUCCAGUUUCAUCUUCAUGUUGCAAAUGAACUGAUGGGGAUGUAUGCAAAGAUUGGGCAGAUGUGCUUUGCACGGAAGUUGUUUGAUAGGAUGCCUCACAAGAGUUCUACUUCUUGGAAUACUAUGGUUUCAGGUUUUGCUUUGAAUAUUGAUUGUGAUGGUGCUCUUGAGAUAAUUGGAAUGAUGGAAGAGGAAGGAUUGGAGCCUAAUCUCGUGACAUGGACAUCGCUAUUGUCGGCCCAUGCUCGAUGUGGGAUGCAUGGGGAAGUUUUGGGGUUAUUUGGUGAUAUGAGAAUGAGAAAGAAUGGUGCUACUGCAGAAGCAGUUGCUGUUGUUUUGUCUGUUUGUGCAUAUUUUGAUGCAUUUAGUCAGGGCAAGGAGAUCCAUGGAUAUGUCAUUAGGGGUGGUUUUGAAGAUUAUGUGUUUGUGAAGAACUCCCUUAUAUGUGUCUACGGUAAACAUGGAAAUACUGAGGCUGCAAAGAAGCUAUUUUCAGAGAUUAAAAUCAAGAACUUGGUGAGUUGGAAUGCAUUAAUUUCCUCCUUUGCUGAUGCUGGAUUCUGUGAUGAAGCUUCUAUGUUUUUCUCACAGUUGGAGAAUACAAAAGACCAGUUGAUGAGACCUGAUGUGGUAACUUGGAGUGCACUGAUUGGUGGGUUUUCUUCCAAGGGGCAGGCUGACAAAUCCCUAGAAUUCUUUCGGCAAAUGCAGCAUGUUAAUGUGAAGCCCAAUUCAGUCACAGUUGCCAGUAUUUUAUCAGUGUGUGCUGAGGUAGCAGCAUUGCAUCUUGGAAGGGAGAUCCAUGGCCAUGUCGUUAGAGCACUGAUGGAUAAAAACAUUUUGGUAGGAAACGGAUUGGUUAAUAUGUACACAAAGUGUGGGAGUCUGAAACAGGGUCGUCUAGUAUUUGAUUGGAUAAAAAGUAGAGAUUUAAUUUCUUGGAACACAAUGAUUUUGGGGUAUGGAAUGCAUGGUUUUGGGGAAGAUGCUCUAAGUACUUUCAGUGAGAUGGUUAGAGCCAGAAUGAAGCCUGAUGGGAUAACUUUUGUUGCUCUUUUGUCGGCAUGUAGCCAUGCAGGUCUCGUCAAUGAGGGCCGUGAGCUUUUUGAUCAGAUGAUCAGGGAGUUCAAGGUUCGACCUAAAAUGGAGCAUUAUGCUUGUAUGGUUGACCUUCUUGGACGGGGUGGCCAACUGCAAGAGGCAAGUGAGAUUGUGAAAAUGAUGCCAAUGGAACCCAAUGAAUGUGUUUGGGGUGCAUUGUUGAACUCAUGCAGGAUGUAUAGAAAUACAGAGGUGGCUGAAGAGAUUGCCUCUCGGAUAUUCAGCCUCAAGUCAGAGACUACUGGGAGUUACAUGCUGCUCUCCAAUAUCUAUGCGGCAUGUGGAAGAUGGGAGGAUUCUGCAAAAGUGAGAUGGUUAGCAAGGUCAAAAGGUUUAAAGAAAAGCACAGGCCAAAGCUUGAUUGAGGUGCAUAAGAUGGUUUAUAUGUUCUCGGCUGGGAAUACCUCCCAUCUGGGUUUGAAUGAAGUAUAUGAAAUCCUUAAGGAUUUGGUUCUACGAAUGGAGAUUGAGGGCUACAUACCUGACAAGAGUUUUGUAUUGCAAGAUGUAGACGAGGAGGAGAAGAAGCAGAUAUUAUAUGGGCACAGUGAGAAGCUUGCAAUUGCAUUUGGACAUUCUAAACUACCUUCCAAUAUGCCCAUCAGGGUAAUAAAGAAUCUUCGAGUGUGUGGUGAUUGUCAUAACUGGACCAAGUUUUUCUCUAAGAUGACAAAACGUGAAGUUAUUGUGAGGGAUGGCCGCCGUUUCCAUCAUUUCAUGGAUGGGUUGUGUUCUUGCAAAGAUUACUGGUGAAAAUUCUUUGCUAUGCAGUCUUCACCAAUAUGUGGCUCAGGGAUACAAUAUCAAGGUAUUCAAUAUAAAAAUAGUAGAAAUGGAGGAAGGAUUGGGCCUGUUAUACCACCCAUGAAGUAUCCGGGUGACAUUGGAGGAAAAUUAUCGGUCAUUGUCACAAUAUUAAGAUGCAUACUGACUCGUCGUGUUAAAUGGACCUGAACUAUGCUGCUUAACCCCAUUGCAAAUUAUAAGCAGUCAGGAUUGCACCUUUUGGCAAAGGAGUUGGAGAGUCAAUCCCUUGUAAUUAAAUGGUGCUGGGUAAUUGGGAAUAUAGGUAUUACCUCAAAAUUGGGAAAAGGAAUGAAUGGCUUAGUGGGCAUUGUUUUAUUUUUAGUUCCUAAGUCUGUUUUUGGAUCCCUUUUGCUAAUCUUAGUCAUUGAACAACUAGUAUUACUCUAGUCUUAUUUGAUGCCUCGCAGCAUUUGUCAUAAUUAAAGAAUUCGAUUUUUACACAUCAUGGUUUAUUUUGUGUGGCCUAACACUUAUUUGAUUGCUCCUUGAACUUUUAUUUAACUCGAGCAUGGAGUCUUUUCCUGAGUAUAGACAUAUUGAUGUUUGGAAGGUUUGCUAUUUCCCAAGGUCGGCAAACCUGGGGGCUGUCAGAUAGAUUUGUAAUGAAAUCUCUGAAAUGUUAUACUUUUUAACUAGUAAUUGGUAUUUAUGUUGGCAUUGUUUAUGUUUGCAUUGUUGUCAGCUAGUCUUGCACAAAGUCCUCACAGCUGUGACUCGCUGCCCCGUCUUUUUGUUUGUCUUUCUGGCCACAUGUGGCCUCUGAUUCUCAACCCUUGGAUUAAACACGUUCUGCUACAAAGCAAUCCAUGCAUAUUUGCAGCUGUUGCUUCAGUUUUAUUUUAGGUGUUGGUCUUUUUUUCGAGUACUUGUUCAUCAUGGGUUUUCUUUUUG